CUUCUUCAUACUAAACAUUACCAAUAUCUCAUUUCAGCCUACUAGGAAGAACAUACAACCUCUCCCCUUUACAUUCUAGCAGUAGCCAAAGAUGGCCUCUCACAGCCAAGAUGUCAAGAACGUCAUAGAUAAUGCCAAGGUAUGGUGCACGAAAAGAGUCGCUGUCGAGAGAGCAUUGGAUGGAAAUAUUAAGAGGAGUCUUAGAAUUCGAGUUCGCGAAAAGUUUAACAGCCUUUCCAAUUCGGGAAAACGGUUUGAUGGCCUUAUUUAUGAAAUCUUUACGUCGAAGUACGGGAUGGAUUGUUAUUACGGUACUCCUACUGAAGAAGAUUGGGAAAAGAUCAAAGACGCAUAUGAAGAGGCCGCAGGGUUGGCUACAGAGCUGCUUGCAGUUCUUAACGAUUGCUUACGCAUCCUGCGAAUUCAUGUGUAGA